AUGACGGUGCCUCACCACGCGGUUCGGUGCCCACGAUUCGGCGUCGCCACUGUCAUCCACGACACGGUGAAGUUCGCGCUUCGAGACUUCGCUGUCGAGGCGGGCUUCGCGGUGAAGGUGGAGGACUCUACGCUGUUCACACACCUGGAGGCAGCUCGAGCGAGACUGCUGGGACAGCCGGUGGUGGGAGAGGGGACACGGGCUGGGGGGCCACUGGAGCAGGGGGCUGAGGCGGGACUGCCGGGCGGCGGGGCACAGUGGGGACAGCAUCAGCUGCGGGGUCGGGUGGCGCGAGGGGCAGGUGGGCAGAGGGGACGGCAGGGGGUGCAGACCAGCCAAGGCGGAGAGGGGGGACAGCAGAGGCAGCAGCAGGAGAGCCAGCACAGGUCGCAGGCUCAGGGCGCCGCGCCUCAGGGUGUGGGCUCGGGGGUGGGGCAGGGACGAGAGCAGCAGAGAGCGGACGGGGGUACAGGGGGGGCGGGGAGAUUGGGAGGUGAGGUUCAGGGAGUGAGAGAGGCAGCAGGGGAUCGAGCAGGGAGGUUGGGAGGUUUGGGGGAGGGUAGAGAGGGGGAGGGGAGAGGACAGGUGGGUGGAGGAGAGGAUAGGGGGAGAGAGACGACAGGAGAGGAGGCACCGAGGGACCAGACAGGGCAGCAGCCAGCGCAGCAGCAGGGACCAGCCGGACGCACAGGCCGUACAGGCACAUCCUCCCGCAUCCCAGACCUCACCUGCCGCGACGUUGGGCAGACUUUGAUGGUUCUUGUGGAUGUCUCCAUAGCGGAUCCACAGCGGGAGGGGAACGUGCAGCUGGGACGGGCGACCCCCACACAGAUUGGAGUGGCAGCAGCUAGGCGGGUGCAGGAGAAGCUGCGUCACUGGGGGCCGCACUUAGAGGGGUUGCAGCCGACACCACACUUUUACGCGUGCGUGGCUGAGACCUUUGGCCUACUGAGCGAGCCGUUGCGUCAGUUCCUGGGGCUCUGCGCGAAGAGGAUAGCACAGCGGAGGAGGGAUUGGGGAGGAGGGGAUGACGGAUCAGCACGGAUAUUUGAGACAGGACUCACUACACGUCUCUCCGUGGCACUGCAGCGCGCGCAGGCUCGAUGCAUCUUACAGCAUGCGGUGCGGCAGUUGGGGGGAUCCGACGACGGAUGGAUGCCCGCACCCGUCCCACUGGGUGCGGGGCAGGGUACCUGGAACCAUAUCACAGGUCACACCCCCUGCCCCCUCAUGCCAUCUGCUCCCCCUGCCCCUAACCUCCGCAUGCCCGCCCCCUCGCCGCCUCCUUUGACCCUCCCUGCCCCCCUCGCCGUUCCCCACCGCCCGCCAUUCGUUCCUCCCCGCCCGUGCCCUCCCCUCGUUUACCUUCUCCUCCCCCCUCCCCUCCUCCGCUGCACGCGUCUUCCUUCCCCUCGCCAACCUACUCCACUCCCUGCCCCUCCUCAAUCCGCACCCUGCCCCUCGUUUCUCGGCCCCCUGCGCUUGGUUUCUCCCCUCCCUGCCCCCCGCUGCCUUUCUUCGCUCCCCUCCUCCCCCCUCUCCCCGCUCCCCCACUCUCCCCCCCCUUGUCCUUGGCUUCCCACCUCCCUGCCCCAUGUUUCCCCCCUCUGUGUGCUCAGCCUCUCCCCUCCCUGCCUCUCCCUCCUCCCCGCCCUGCCCCUCAUUUUCCGCUCCCCCACGCCCGGUUUCUCCCCUCCCUGCACCUCCCUUUCUUUCUCCGUGCCUCUCCCUUGUUCCCUCCCUGCCCCUGGCCGCCCAUGCCCCUGUCCUUGGUUUCUCCCCUCCCUGCCCCACGUUUCUUCCUUCCCUGACCUCACCUUGUACCCUCUCUGCCCCUCCUUUGUUUUCCCCGCACCCAUCGCUUCUCCCCUCCCUGCCCUUGAUUUCCCGCACCCCUGCCCUUGUUUCCUACCAUCCACGCCCCCCGUUUCCGCCCUUUGUACGUUCAGCCUCUUCCCUCCCUGCCCCUCCCUUCCUCCCCCCUUGCCCUCCCCUGCCCGUUGCUGCCCCUCCCCUUGCCCCCUCAACUCCCCUGCCCCCCCGUACACCCCACUCCCAUCGAACCGCCCCCGCCCUCCCCCGGCUGCCCGGUUUCGCUCUCCACCCCCCCCCCCGACCGUGCAUCGUAUUCCCCACUCCCUACCGUCCCUCCCCCCACCACGCUACUCACCCCCUCCAGGAACUCAGCCCACAGACGCCAGGCCCGGCUCCCCCUCCCCCCUCCCCAUCUCAGGAACGCACAGAUACCUCAACUCCCCCCCCCUCAUACCUCCCUGCCCCGACCAUGCAGCUGCCAUAGCCAUGCCACGCCGGCCCCCCAAUGUGGGAGAGGCCGGCCCUGGUUCAGCCCGACGCUCCAGCAGGACCCAGGGCCGCCCUUCCCCCUAUCCCCCCCCUGCGCCCCCUUCCUAUGUUAAGGGAAAACAGGUCACCCGCGACCAGUCACCCACAGGCGGCACACACACUGACCCCAGAGGUAAAAAACGAGCCAUAGAAGAGACAGGGGCCCAACCACCACCGCACCAGCAGGAACAGGACCGCGAGGGUGCACACCCACGCUCCAAGACUCGGCACAUCCCAUCUGUCCCCCCACAGCCCCCCCCUCCAGGUGGCGAUGACGGUGCAGCCCAGCAGUCCAAGGAUUCACCCUCCACCACACCCACCCGCACCCAUACCGAAAAAACUAAAUCACACAAACAAACAGAAGUACCGGACCCAAACCUUGGGAACACAACAGGCCCCACCCCCACUGGGGGGCUGAAAGGUAGAGCAAAGCAGGCCCGACCCGUGCCCGAGAGAGGAGGGGAGGGGAAAGGGAAAGCCAGGGCUCUGUACCUGGACGUGCAUGAGCGUAGCGCCGAGCGUAAGGCCGAGGCGAGCGGGACUGCUGCGGGAAAAAGGGCUGGGGCUGCGGGAGGUACUGCAAGGGAUGCCGUGGGGGCAGCACGGGAUGCUAGGGGGACACCAAGGGAUACGGCGGGGACAGCAAUGGACACGGUGGGGACAGUAGAGGCUCCUGAAAAGGGCACGUCAGGGGGCGUGACUCUGGCCAGGCAAAGGGCAGAGGCCAUGGAGACAGGUUUUGCAGGAGAAGGGGCUGCAGGACCCGCUGCUGUUUCGGCUGGAGGAACCGCAGCAGGGGAAGCUAUAGGGACCGCAGCAGGUGAGGCCGCACAGACCGCAGCAGGUGAGGCUGCACAGACCGCAGCAGGUGAGGCUGCACAGACCGCAGCAGGUGAGGCUGUAGGGACCACAGCGGGUGAGGCUACAGGAGAGACCAUGGCAGGUGAGGCCGCAGGGACCGCAGCAGGUGAGGCGGCAGGGACCACAGCGGGUGAGGCUGCAGGAGGGACCAUGGCAGGUGAGGCCGCAGGGACCGCAGCAGGUGAGGCCGCAGGGGCCGCAGCAGGUGAGGCUGAGCAGAUUCUAGCAGGUGAGGCUGCACAGACUACAGCAGGUGAGGCCGCAGGGACUGCAGCAGGCAAGGCUGCAGAGACUGCAGCAGGUGAGGCUGCAGGGACCACAGCGGGUGAGGCUGCAGGAGGGACCAUGGCAGGUGAGGCCGCAGGGACCGCAGCAGGUGAGGCUGCAGGGACCGCAGCAGGUGAGGCUGCAGGGGCCGCAGCAGGUGAGGCUGCACAGACUACAGCAGGUGAGGCCACAGGGACUGCAGCAGGUGAGGCCGCAGGGACUGCAGCAGGUGAGGCUGCAGGGACUGCAGCAGGUGAGGCUGCAGGGACUGCAGCAAGUGAGGCGGCAGGGACCGCGGCAGGUGAGGCUGAGCAGAUUCCGGUAGGCGAGGCUUCACAGACUGCAGCAGGUGAGGCGGCAGGGACUGUAGCAGGAGCGACAGGGGCCACGGUGGGGGCUGGUACAGGGGGAGGUGCUACGGGGGCUGCAGCGGGGAAGGGUGUAACGGGGACUGGUGCGAGGGAGAGUGCCGCCCCGGCUGUAGCAGGAGAGGGUGCGGCAAGGGCCGGAGUGGGAGAGGGGACAGCAGAGGCCUCAAAGGCAGAAGGUGAGGCUGCAGCUGAAGCAGCAGGGAGGGCCAUAGCACGGCCAGUAGGGGCGGCAGGGGCCGCAGCAAGCGCGGUGGAGCACACAGCAGGGCCGGCAGAGACUGCAGAAGGGGCUAGCAGUAAAGAGACAGCAGGUGGGGUGGGCUCGGGGGACAUAGGGGCAACAGGGGGAGGAGAGGCGAGCGAGGUCCCAACCGGGGGGGCCACUGAAGGGGGGGAUGUGAUAGUGAUAGAGGAGGAUGAGGUAGAGGACGGGAUGCACAUCGACGGGCCACUGGCCCACUACCUCACGCUUGACGGCGAGGCUGACUCGGCCCCCCUGCAGCCUCAUGUCGAGGUUCCCCCUCUCCCCCCCAUGCCCGACCCCAUGCUAGCAGAUGGACCGGUGGAGGGGCUGGAGGAGACUUUGAGGACAGAACCUCGCGAGGGAGACCCCAUCCUUACCCCCCGUCCUCCAGCCCACCCCCCCCCAGGAGCACCACUUCCCCACCCCCACCCUCAGGUCCCUGUAGCAUCCUGGGGGGCAGCCAAGGCCCUGGCCUUCUUGGCGGAGCCGUGCUCCCCGACCCCCACGCUGUUCCAUGACCAGCCCCCCUCUCUGUCCCCAACGCCUGACACCACGCUUACAGACGGUACGCCAGGAGAGCACGCGGGCACGGCGAGGGCAGAGCCUCCUACACCCAGCCCCAUCCUUGCCCCUCACCCCUCCUCGCCCCUUUCCUCUCCCCUAAGAGCAGCACACUCCCGCCCCCACCCUCAGGGGCUCCCUCUAGCAUCACGGGGAGCAGCCAGGGCCCUGGCCUUCUUGGCGGAGCCGUGCUCCCCGACCCCUAACACCAUCCAGUCACCCCCCACCAGCCCACUACCCCCACCCCCUCCAGAUCCUCCCCCACCCGGGGCUAUGCACAUUUCAGAGGUUCAAACCUCAACCCUGCCACACCCGCCUCCAUCCGCGCAUUGCCCCACACCCUACACACACCCAAAUCACCCAACUCGCCGCACAACCCCAACCCUCCCACCCUCCUCACACCAACCCCCCCAAGCAUCCAAGUCCCAACCACAAGGACCCCUGCCCCUAGCUCAGGGAGGCGACGACACCAUGGGCGCGGGGCCCACAGGAGGGGUUGCCAGUGGGAGGGGCUCUGGUGCCAACGUACAGCAUGGGGGCACAACCUCUGAACCUCAUUCCCCCCUCAAUCCCCCCCCUUCCACCACGCAGCCACCACAGACCUCACUCCCUCCACCACAAGCACCACGCCCUAACCGCUACAUUGCUCCAGCCCUUCGCCCCCCACCCACAACCCCCGCCUACAGCCUGCCUCACCACGAGUGGCCCCGUUGGGCAGACAUCGCCCCCCACAUACAGCCCACCACGGAGGGUGAUGUCAUGGGGAGAAGAGGGAUGCACACUGAGCUUCCUCUACCUAGCCAACCACCCAUCCUCCCCUCACCCAUCCCCUUAGCCUCUCAGCCCGCCCUUCCCUCACAACCAGACAGGGACAACCAAAACCAGGUUGGCCGUCGACGGAAGAAGAAAGGCAAAGGCGGCAAGGGGCCAGCUCACCUACUCCCCCCUCCCUCCCUUCCCCUCCAGCCGCCCCUCCUCACCCCACAUCCCACUGAACCUGCACCAGGCCCUACCCCUACAUACCAACCACCAAACUCACACCCCCCUCCCGUACGUGCCCCUCCACAGGGCCAUGGGAGCGAUCCAGCCCACUCACCGCCGGGCCGCCUCUCCCUUCCUCUAAACACCCCCCAGGUGGCGGCAGCCGUGUGCGCUGCCGGGAUGGAGGCCGACGGGAUGAGGGAUGCGCCCAUGGCAGACGCCACCGACUCCCCUUCCCAUGCCUCCCACCCCAUCCAUGUCGACAGCCCCCUACCACAACCCAUGGUCAUUGGGGAGGGCCAAGGGGGCUUUCUAGGGCAGGGUCCACACCCGGGCUCUGCUCAGCCAGCACGCCCCACCCCACCCUCUACCCUGCCAGCCCUCCUACCCUCACCAGCAGGCAGGCGGGUCACCGGGACCCCAGAGGAGGUGAGGGCUGCCAUCUCAGAUCUGCUGGCGAUACAGAGCCCGAGCAGCCCCCCGGCUGCCCCCACCCUACCAGUCCCACAGGUCCGGACCCGGACGUAUGCGGAGGCCACCCGUUCUGUCCCUUCUUUCACCCCCCCCACUACUCAGCCAGGCGCGUCACUCCCGUCCCCGAUGGAGACGGACCUGGUUCCGAGGCCGUGUCAUUCGCACCUAGACGUGGCGGCGCCUCCCCCCGUUCAGCCCGUUGCCGACACACUACCCGCGACGCAGGAGGGCACCAACAUUAGGGAUGAGGCAUCGGCCCCUGCCGAGACCCCUCCGCCUGGGGUAGCAGAGCCGCCACUUGGACCGCACCCCGCCGAGGGACAGGGGCACACCACGGCACACACUUCUGGCUCACCUCCACGUCCCCCCCCCCUAGCUUCGGGACCGGUACCGCCACGAGGCCCAGCCCCAUCCUGUGUGGCACCACCUUUAUCUUGUCCGACACCCCCCCUGCACGGGGCCGGCGAGUCCUCUCCUCCCCUUAUCCCAGGUGAUCCUCUUGGAGUUCAGGCCGCCCAUGGGGUCCCCUCUACAGCCAGUUCCGACGCCACGGCCCCGAUCGACCCCACCGACACGGCGACGUCACCCGACCAGGUCGUGAGAUGCCCCACCUGCAGGAGCUCUCUCGCGAACCGACGCGCGCUUCAGCACCACACGCCCUUCUGCCAUCCUGCGGACGCAGCUCGUAGGGCACAGGCCCUCCACGACACCUCAUCUGUCCUCCCAUCCCUCUCGGAGCCACAGGGGACGAGGACGCAUUUCACAGAUGCACAGUGGCAGACGUUGGACUCCUUCGACUGGUCGGAGUAUUUCUCGCCAGAGUGCACCCACGCCCGCCCUCUCCGACGCAUUCCAACUAGGGUUCGCGGAGGAUAUCUUGACGUCCUCUGCACGAUCUUAGCCCGUGUAUCCCAGUAUCCCGAGGCUCCGGGCCCUACCUUCCUCCUCGCCGCUGCACCCACACUUCUCCUCACGCAGGCGACCCCGCCAGACCGCUCGCACACGACUGCCAUCGCAGCACGGGUCUCCCGCUUCAUGCGAGGUGAGUGGACAGAGCUACUCUCUGAGGCCCUGAUCCGUCGCACCCCCCUUCCUCGACGCACAUCCCGGCGCGCACGUCCGGUCGCCACCCAGUCCACCGCAGAUGAGCGUCGCAUUGCACGUUGCCUCCGUCUGGCGGCGUGCAAUGAGACCUCACGGGCCUGCGCGGCUCUUGAGUCCGCGGAGGCCGCCCCAGAUACACAGGGGACGACGCAGCACCUGAAGUCGAAGCACCCCAACGCGGAGAGGCCGACCCCAGCUUGGCUGUCGGACUACCAGGGGACUGCUCUCGUCGCACGCCGGGGAUUCACUGUGACGGGCGUGCCGGUGGGUACCGUUUCGUUUGUGGAGCGCAGCGUCCCGGAUCGUCUCGAGAAGAUGGGGCGGGUGCUACCUUGGCUUCCGAGGUUGCGCCAGCCCCAGACAGCUGCUCGCCUUCUUUCGGCAUGUGUCAGCACUCGCCCCCAGUACCUGUCGAGGACUGUCCCUCCCUCACCCGCAGUGCUCUCCAGCUUCGCACGCUGGGACGCACACCUGGGAGAGACUUUUCAGCAGCUUUUAGCGUCAGGGACAUGGGCAUGCUGCGAGGACGUCAAAGAUGCCGCCAGCGACCAGAUCUUCCUCCCCAUCCGCCUUGGGGGUUUCGGCAUUCGUCGCAUGGAGCGCAUUGCCCCGAGCUUUGCUUCCGGUGAGACGGAGCAGAUCGACCCAUCCCUACGGACGACGCUGGAGGGCCUUCCACCUGACAUCCUCUCUCUCCUCCCACCCUGGCCCUCUUGUGCCUCUGCCUCCCCCGAUUCCCUUUUUGCAGGAGCGAGCCGCCUUCUGGAGGCGCAUGCCUUGGAGGCCGGGGCUGAGGCGGGACUGCCGGGCGGCGGGGCACAGUGGGGACAGCAUCAGCUGCGGGGUCGGGUGGCGCGAGGGGCAGGUGGGCAGAGGGGACGGCAGGGGGUGCAGACCAGCCAGGGCGGAGAGGGGGGACAGCAGAGGCAGCAGCAGGAGAGCCAGCACAGGUCGCAGGCUCAGGGCGCCGCGCCUCAGGGUGUGGGCUCGGGGGUGGGGCAGGGACGAGAGCAGCAGAGAGCGGACGGGGGUACAGGGGGGGCGGGGAGAUUGGGAGGUGAGGUUCAGGGAGUGAGAGAGGCAGCAGGGGAUCGAGCAGGGAGGUUGGGAGGUUUGGGGGAGGGUAGAGAGGGGGAGGGGAGAGGACAGGUGGGUGGAGGAGAGGAUAGGGGGAGAGAGACGACAGGAGAGGAGGCACCGAGGGACCAGACAGGGCAGCAGCCAGCGCAGCAGCAGGGACCAGCCGGACGCACAGGCCGUACAGGCACAUCCUCCCGCAUCCCAGACCUCACCUGCCGCGACGUUGGGCAGACUUUGAUGGUUCUUGUGGAUGUCUCCAUAGCGGAUCCACAGCGGGAGGGGAACGUGCAGCUGGGACGGGCGACCCCCACACAGAUUGGAGUGGCAGCAGCUAGGCGGGUGCAGGAGAAGCUGCGUCACUGGGGGCCGCACUUAGAGGGGUUGCAGCCGACACCACACUUUUACGCGUGCGUGGCUGAGACCUUUGGCCUACUGAGCGAGCCGUUGCGUCAGUUCCUGGGGCUCUGCGCGAAGAGGAUAGCACAGCGGAGGAGGGAUUGGGGAGGAGGGGAUGACGGAUCAGCACGGAUAUUUGAGACAGGACUCACUACACGUCUCUCCGUGGCACUGCAGCGCGCGCAGGCUCGAUGCAUCUUACAGCAUGCGGUGCGGCAGUUGGGGGGAUCCGACGACGGAUGGAUGCCCGCACCCGUCCCACUGGGUGCGGGGCAGGGUACCUGGAACCAUAUCACAGGUCACACCCCCUGCCCCCUCAUGCCAUCUGCUCCCCCUGCCCCUAACCUCCGCAUGCCCGCCCCCUCGCCGCCUCCUUUGACCCUCCCUGCCCCCCUCGCCGUUCCCCACCGCCCGCCAUUCGUUCCUCCCCGCCCAUGCCCUCCCCUCGUUUACCUUCUCCUCCCCCCUCCCCUCCUCCGCUGCACGCGUCUUCCUUCCCCUCGCCAACCUACUCCACUCCCUGCCCCUCCUCAAUCCGCACCCUGCCCCUCGUUUCUCGGCCCCCUGCGCUUGGUUUCUCCCCUCCCUGCCCCCCGCUGCCUUUCUUCGCUCCCCUCCUCCCCCCUCUCCCCGCUCCCCCACUCUCCCCCCCCUUGUCCUUGGCUUCCCACCUCCCUGCCCCAUGUUUCCCCCCUCUGUGUGCUCAGCCUCUCCCCUCCCUGCCUCUCCCUCCUCCCCGCCCUGCCCCUCAUUUUCCGCUCCCCCACGCCCGGUUUCUCCCCUCCCUGCACCUCCCUUUCUUUCUCCGUGCCUCUCCCUUGUUCCCUCCCUCCCUUGGUUUCAAGAUUCAAGUGA